CUGCCUUCCUACAGGAUAAGUAGACAGAGAGAGAGAGAAUGAGGAGUGGCAGAGAGGGAACCUCCUUUGUCGAUUUAUAGGUCUUCCAUGCACACAUACACACACACACACACACAUAGAUAGACACACACAGACAGCAGGGGCCUCUCAGACAAAGUCAGGAUGUGACAUCACUCACAGGAAGAGAAGCCAAACAACUUUUUGACUUGUACUUUUUUGUCUGCGCUGCUGUGUCGCUGGCUUCUCAGUGAAGUUGGAGCCUCGAGGUCUGUUGGUAGCUGGGAAGGAGGGAGUAUCUGUAGGAACCGGAGAGGGACAGAUCUGCCUGGAUCGUUGUCCAUAUUCCCAAGUCGUCCACAUUGGGAACCCAGCCAGAGAGGGGUCCCUCCAUUCUCAAUCAUCCCCAAUGUAGAGGUCACUGCCCUCUGAAUAGAACAACUCCUCUGCGACCUGCAACCUAAACAAACGUAUGUUAGUGAAACCUGUCCAUAGAGUCCACCAUUAAGACAAUGGCGCUCUGUCUCGGACAAGUCUUCAGCAAAGAUAAAACGUUUAGGCCUCGGAAGCGCUUUGAGCCUGGCACACAGCGGUUUGAGCUGUACAAGAAGGCCCAGGCCUCUCUGAAGUCAGGCCUGGACCUGAGGAAAGUGGUCCAGCUUCCCGAGGGAGAGAACAUCAACGACUGGAUCGCCGUGCACGUGGUUGACUUCUUCAACCGGAUCAACCUGAUCUACGGCACGGUCAGCGAGUUCUGCACCGAGCGCACCUGCCCCAUCAUGUCGGGGGGCCUGCGCUACGAGUACCGGUGGCAGGACGGAGACGACUACAAGAAGCCCACCAAGCUGCCCGCCUUGAAGUACAUGAACCUUCUGAUGGACUGGAUCGAGACGAACAUCAACAACGAGAACAUCUUCCCCACGAGAGUAGGUGUUCCUUUCCCUAAGAACUUCCAGCAGGUGUGUAAGAAGAUCCUGAGCCGUCUCUUCCGGGUCUUUGUGCACGUCUACAUCCACCACUUUGACAGCAUCUGCAGUAUGGGCGCUGAGGCCCACAUCAAUACCUGCUACAAACACUACUAUUAUUUCAUCUCUGAGUUCAGCCUCAUCGAGCACUCUGAACUGGAGCCCCUGAGAGCAAUGACAGAGAAGAUCUGUAACUAAACCACAUGGACAAUGGAGUGUACAUCAUUUCAAAAAAAUUCCCCGGAGCCCUUCAAGAGACCCACUGCUUAAAUACCAUUCCAAACACUCACUCAAACCAAAGGACAGUCAAAUGGAUUUUGAGUGGAUUUGAAGAACUUAAGUGUUAUCCAUCAAGCAUUAGAACGUUUAUUCACAUAUGUUUUUAGGAAAAAGGACUGUUCUGCUUCCUAGAUUUUGUGCUGUGACAUGCAGCAUUUCAGUAUUUUGUGUUUUAUUUGAGUAACUGUUCUAGCUCUGUUUUACUAAGCAUGAAUAUGUUUUUCUUGUGCAUGUUCUUGACAUCAUUAACUUCCAAAAUGUGCCUGCGGUUUCGAGGUGUUUGAGCCAUUUUGUGAUGGACAGAAGGCGACAUCACAAGACCCCUCUCCAGUAUUUAGCAUUUUGUGACAAGUACGUGUCCAAUGUGUCCCAGCCAGAGGCAACAGAGUUAAGGACUUUGAAAAACAGACAUUUUGUGAGGUGUCUGGGUAAGUACAGGGUGACAACCGGAAGCAAUACUUGUGAAAUAUUGACUUCAUUUUCAUUUACCAAAACUAGUUCAACUGGGAUUACUCUGGGAGACUAAUCUGAUUGAGAUGUGUGACUGAUUAAUUUGCCAAGUGUUAUGACAAGUAAGUUCACCCACUACAAUUGGUGUUUUUGUUGCAUGCCCUGUUAAUUUGCAUUUUAUUAUUAAGGAAAUGUUUUAGCUGUGAUCACACUAAAUAUCAGACAUAGGAUAUUUUCAUUCAGACAGUGACCAAUUAAAACCUGCCUCAUUGCUUUUGUAAAACCUUAAAGUAACUGUCCAGUGUUUCCAGAUUUCUAUGAAAUGAAUUACAAUAUGAGUGAAAUCGUUUUUCUUCCCCCCAAAAAUGGUAAUUAAGUAUGUUAUAAAGCAGCUUUUCUGUGUU